UAGCAACUUCAAACAAGCCACUUACCUUUCGUUUUCUACCGCUUCAGUAAAAACACUGCAUGUAUUCGUUUUUUUUGUUUUUGUUUUUGUUUUUUACAGCACAGUAAAGAUUUGUGUAUGUGCUGCCGACUCCUCCUCAAGUGUUUCUUUAGACGAACGUGUUCCAAAACGGAUUAUCGACGGUAUCAAAAUGCAGUGGCAUAUAUCAGUGCCACAAAAUCACUGGCAUGUGCCACAUGCCACUCACAACCGGAUAUGCCACCGGAUGUGCCAGAGCCAAACAUCAGAUGCCAUACCACAAAAUGUUAAUACCGCUGGUAUUUUACUUUUCAUGACGGUCAUGGGAAGACUCGAGGCGCAUAGACUUUUAUUUUGACAACUCUUGGAUAUAACCAUGUUGUAGACUGCUGCUCGCCUCUGUUGGCGCAUGCACAAGUCCAGCGUGGGGCUUCUUGUUAAAACACUACAGUCAGUAUCCCAUUUUGCAAUGGAGGCCUUUAACCAAAUGUUACUACAAUACCCGCCGUUUAUAGUCGGUGGCGUUGGAGUGACUGCGGUUGCUGCAGGAGGAGCGCUGAUCUACAAACUUGCAACCAGGAAGAAACCAACUCAUGUCAUAGUGAAUUGUUGGUUCUGCAAUCAGGACACAGUGGUCCCCUAUGGGAACAGAAACUGUUGGGAUUGCCCAUACUGUGAACAGUAUAAUGGAUUUCAAGAGAACGGUGACUACAACAAACCCAUCCCUGCUCAAUACAUGGAGCAUCUCAACCAUGGUGUUUCGGCUGGCAUUCCAGAAUCACCUAAAACUCUGCAGUGGGUCAACUGCCAGAUGCUUUUGUGCAGGAAGUGCAACAACAACCAAACACUCAAGAUUAAGCAGCUGGCAUCGUUCAUCCCCAGGGAUGAUGAAAACUAUGAUGAAGAGAUCGAGGUCUAUAAGCAUCACCUCGAACAGACCUACAAAUUGUGCAGACCUUGCCAGACCGCAGUGGAGUACUACAUCAAACACCAGAACCGACAACUGCGAGCUCUGCUCUUCAACCACCAACUCAGACGCAGUCGGGAUGCUGAUAAGGCCUUCGUUAAGAACACUUACUCCGUCACCACACCAGCCUGGUUGAUCUUGCUCAGAGUCCUUGCCUUUCUCGCCUGUGCCUUCCUGGUAGCCGUGGCUUUGUCUGGGUCUGGAGAUCCAGAUGUGUCCUCCACUGUCACGCAGCCCCUAAGCGGAGGAGUCGCCCUGCCCAAACAUGCCCUCAAAAAUGACAGCGAAACCAAGGCCAAUGAGGGCAGCAAGAUGUGGACCGAUUUUGUGGGUCUUCUACCAGAAGAGGCCAUGGAGAACGCCAGGCUAGUCUGGCAGUCUGGAAGUGAUAACCAGAUGGCUGUGGCCUCUGUUGGUCUCCUGACUUGCAUCACAGGUGUCUUAAUGGCAGGACCUAUCAGGUUGAGGAGGAUUGAUGCAGUGGCCUCUGUGCUGUGGCUCCUGGUGAUGUGCUUCUACCUGGCUGAGUUUUACCUGAAGACAGACAUCCCAGACUGGUUGGAAAUGGUCAAGUUUGGCAUCAUGUCUGUGUGUUGUCUGGUGGGAUUCGCUUCCGCUGUGGCAACACGCAAAUCCACGAGUCAGAGAAGAGCCAGAGGUCGCAGGUAUCUGUCUGGCAGUUCUCCUGGGCUGUAUUACAGCAAUCACUCUCCUCUGUCUGCACCUGUGUCUGGAUCCUCUUCCUUUAUCCCCACGCCUCCCCCAAACCUGUCACAACUGCUCAUCCGCCAACAAAGCCACAGAACACGCAAGGCCUCACCCUCCUCACUCCCUGGCCGACUCAACAGGGCCCUCUCUCUGGGAACGAUCCCCUCCCUUGCACGAGCAGAUUCAGGCUUCCUGUUCAGUGGAAGUAGACCUUCACAAUGCAAAGACUCGCCACCUUCAGAUUACUUCUCUUUAAAAUCUGGAAGCCGACCCUCCUCUCCUGGGCCAUCUCCGACCCCCUCUGUGGCAGGUUCAGUCACCUCCACCUCCAGCUCUGCCAGGCAGCGUCGGCCGCUCAUCAGCCCAGCAAGACUCAACAUCAGUGGGCAAAAGCUGCAGCUCUUUUCCUCUCCUUUGGAGCCUUUCAGGUUGCCCUCACCAUCUCCAUUUCUGUCUGAACAAAGCCAUGCACACAGUAGAGGAUUGUUACCUGAUGUUCUACACUUCCAUUCACACAAUCAAGGUUCACUAAUUGAUGAAGGCAGUAUAUUUGAGCAUAUGGAGAAAAGAAAGGGCAGCUCGUCUGUGUCUUCAAACUGCCAUGUAGACACAACCACCGGAGAUGGAUCUGACGGCAAAUCUGGAUGGAAGGGUUUUCUGGGCCUGUCCCUUUGGCCUGGUCUGCUGUUCGCCAGCCUGACUAUCAACCUAACCUUCAUCUGCUUCUAUUUAUAUUACAAUUGAAGAUGAAAAUGUGCGUCAGACCUCAAGGGUCAGAGUUCAAAGUCAUUUAUGAUGUAUGCUGGUCUUUGUCCCCUGUGUACCCAGUAAAUCUGGGUUCUUUAACAGGAAAUACAUGGGGAACAUUGCUCCUUAGUGACAAUUGCUCCUUAGUGACAAUGUCAACUAUUUUUUGCUGCUGUUCAUCAGUUUCAGAGAUACAAAGGAUUGUUUACUGGUAUUGUGCCUGUUCAUGUAAUAAGAAGGCCUUGUUCUCUUAACUUAAGCUCCGUUAAAUACACACACACAGCUGAGAUCCUCCAUUAUGUUUCAAAGUAUGGUGUUAGUAAGACAUGUUUUUGUGUAUGUUCGAUCAUCAUUUGUUUGUACUUAUAAACACUGGAUGUGUUUGAGAAUGAAUGAGCGUGCUGUUUAAUUUAACAGAACAAUGUCUGUUGGGCACAUGAUGUAUCUUUAUUAAUCAUUCAUCUGGCCAUUCUUUGCCAGAUACUGGUGUACACAUUUUUGUAUAUCCUGAUUCCUCAAAGGAUUAUGCCAGUUUCUCAAAAUGAUGUGAGAUAAGGUAUAAUAUAUUUGUGUUGAUCUUCUCUUGUCAACAAUCAUGACACUGAAAAAGCAUUAAGCAAAUAUCUAGAGCGUGUUCCUGUUUUAUUGUUGACUCAAGCUUUCUGUUUUUAUGAUUUACUAAGAUUUCAGAAUGUCAAUGGAAAAAGGAUAACACUGAUGUUUCGUACAUAAAAAUGAUGACGUUUCAAUUACCAGAAUGAAAUAAAUCAUUGUAAUCGUUAUGUUUUGCUGUCUUCUAUGUGGCAUGUACUGUUUCAGUGAAACAUUACAUGCGCAAUUGAUCAUUUAAAUUCAAAAGCUGAGUGGAUUUAUGCUGCAACCAUCUUAUUUAAAUGUUUUCCUUUUUUGCCACUUCCCAGUUGUUAAACUAAUCUGAAAACUUGCUUUGAGUAAAUUUUAAUGUCUCUAAAGUGUUUCAAGGUGUUUUUUGUGUCAUUCACAUCAAUGAAAUGCCCUGAAAACUGUGCAUGAAAUAAAUGUGCCAUCUUAAUGAGUUUUCAGUGAUGUUAAUAUUUCUAUUAACAUUGUUGAUGAUUUCUCUGUAACUCUUUCGAUUGUCACUUGAAGAAAAGUAAAAUUAUGACUUGUAAUCAGAAGUUCUGAACAUAUAUUGUUGAACAUUUUAGUAACUUGCUUGGUAAAAAGAAGGUAGUUAUGAAUGGCUUUACAGAUCUUUAUAUUUGCCAUUGUGGGGGAAAUUGUGUGUUGAAGUUAUUAUAUUGCUAUGUACUAUGUACAUUCACCUGUUCUUGCACAUUGCCUUUUUUAAGUGAUCUGUUAAUUGCCUGACAGGCUCUUAAUAAGCAGCAGUUCUGAAGAACACUGAUAUUUUUAAAAUGUGUAUUGCACAAUGGGAACUGGAAGUGGAAAGUGCUCCAGAGUUCGAAAAGUUUAUCUUUCUCAAUCACUGGUUCAGUGUAGACAGUCUGACUCCUGACAUUGAUGAUAAUCUAUUCUCUCAGCAAGCAUUGUACAUGUUAAACAGCUCAGAGUGAGUAGUUAUUUGAAAGAUCGUAAAAUACUGAAUAUGAUGCAAAAAAAAAAAAAAAAAACGAGAAUUAUAAA